UUUGACCCAAAAGCCUUGGAUCCAUGCCAGAAUAUUGAUAUAUGGAACGUGGCUUAUUGAAAAGGCUUGACACCCGUAGGAAGCUGUAUACAACGUACAGUGUACAGCUGUAAUUAAGCCCAGCCGAGGUCUAUAUUAAAUGAAAUUUUAUGGCAUCUUCAUUGUGGAGUAAGGGCAAUCAAAUUCAGCCUUAGAAUUGUUGUUAAUUUUACUUCUUUUUAAUUUAUUUGCAGUUUGCAGCAAAAAUCCUCUGUGAAGACUGGGGAAGCAAGAUACAGAGACCCAAUGAAACAAGUUGAAAGUGAUCAUGUGAUGAACAAUCAAACUGCACCUUCUGAUAUAAUCAGUGAUGUUUUGACGUCCGAUGAAGAGAUGCGGAAACAGAGAAAACUUGACCAGAAAAAAAGACAUGGAAUAGUCCUUUGGCGACGUCCCAUUGUAACCUUGACAUACUUUUCUUUUGAAAUGGGAAUUCUUUUACAUGAUUAUAAAGAAAGAAUAUUGAAACAUAAGAAGACUGUGACAUCUCUACUGCUGAUCUCAAUAUUAACCACUCUUGCUUAUAACUUGGAGGGAGCACAUCAAGAGUCCCUCAGCCAGCUGAAAUCUGUGUUGUUUUGGUGGGCAUACUGGGUUGGCCUUGGGAUUCUCUCAUCUGUUGGACUUGGCACUGGACUCCAUACCUUUCUUCUGUAUUUGGGACCUCACAUUGCAUCUGUGACUCUAGCUGCUUGGGAAUGUGACACUUUGGACUUCCCUGAACCACCUUACCCUGAUGAUAUCCAGUGUCCUGACGAUGAUCACACCUCCACAGUACCGGUAAACAUGUUGACGAUUAUGAGUAAAGUUAGGAUAGAGGCUUUUAUGUGGGUAAGUCAUCAAUAAUUAUUGAAAAUAUAAUCAAUCAUGGCAAAGUUUGAAACAAGCUUUUUGAAAUUGAUGUUUUGACAAAAAUGCUGCUAAAAACAAUUUUUUAGAAGUUGUUCAAUUUCCAUACUUACGAAACAAGGGUCAGU